AUGUCCGAGGAGACACAGGAGGCCGCCGGCUCAGCGGAGCCAGCAUGCGUGCUCUGUGGUCAGGCAGAUGCUCAACCAGACAUCUAUGGGCGCCAAAUUGUCGUGUAUGGGAUAUAUUUCCAUGCAUUUUGCUGGAUAUUUUCCAACAUCCACAAAAAAGGAGAUGAUGAGAAUAACUGCAGUCAACACCUCAUACACACAGUGAGACAGGCAGAGCAGAUGCUCUGCUUCGUUUGUGGCAAGAGGGGGGCCUUCGUCACCUGUGCAGAGCCGGACUGCGACCGCAGCUUCCAUCUCCCCUGUGCCUCAGAGGGUGAAUGCAUCACCCAGUACUUUGAAGAUUUCAGGUCCUUCUGCAGGGAGCACAUCCCACGGCAUGCAGUGGAGGCAACACCAAUGCAGGACACAACCUGCAUCAUCUGCAUGGAGCCCGUGGGGGACAGGAGGUCUUACAGCACCAUGGUGUGCCCAGCCUGCCGACAUGCCUGGUUCCACCGGGCCUGCAUCCAGGUAGGAGCCCUCCCUUUGCCCAGAGGCACAGCAGGUGCUCAGCAGCACCAGACCCAGCUCACGCUCAUAUUGCUUAUAUUUCUGUUGCAGGGAAUGGCCCUGAACACCGGGCUUCACUGCUUCCAGUGUCCUCUCUGCAGAGACUCAGACCUGUUUCUGAUAGACAUGCUCACCAUGGGGAUCCGAAUCCCAAAUAGACAACCAGCGUGGGAGGACAGCGAUGCCUACAUGUCUCUUGGAGUUAGGCACCGGCGCUGUGAUGCCAGUGAUUGCCGUUACCCCGGCGGCAGGGAGCAGGCAGAGAGAGUGGGGUGA